AUAUUCCCUCUCUUUUCCCUCCUUUUCCACUCUCUCUCUAAUGGCUCAACUAAAAUCCGCACUUUCUCUCUCUUCCUAUUUCCCUAUUGCAAUUAUACCCACCUCGUUUCCCCUCGAUAUAUAAACCUCCAUGUCCGGGAUGGUCUUACGCUGCCGUAUCAACCUCCUCCUACGGCUUCAACAGCACCAGCUUCGACGGUUCCUCCGGUUGUUCGGCCUAUACGUCGUCACCUGGCCUUCGAUUCGACGAAGCCGCUGUUUGUUCAUCCCGAUGAUUAUCACAGAUUUUCAUCUAGUAAUAGUCGUGGAAUCGUCGCCGAUCAAGAAGUUGAAGCAAUUGUUGUGAGAUCUCCGCAAUUAAAAAGGAAGAGCACAGCUGACAAAAAUGAUGUUGAGUCUAGCCAAUGGACAAGCAGUCCGGGGGUUACCAGCAUAUCCAACAGUCCUUUCCAGACACCUGUAUAUGCUAAAGGAGGAAGGAUAAAUAAAUCAAAGACAUCAAAAGCCAAUAAAUCAAUGCCUCACACACCUGUGUCAAAUGCUGGUUGUCCAUCUCCUCUUACACCUGCUGGCAGCUGCCGUUUAGAUAGUCCUUUUGGUCUGUUGACGAAAAAGUUUGUCAAUCUGAUGAAGCAUGCUGAAGAUGGUAUCCUUGACCUAAAUAAGGCUGCAGAAACAUUGGAGGUGCAGAAGAGGAGGAUAUGUGAUAUAACAAAUGUCUUGGAGGGCAUUUGUCUUAUCGAAAAGAAGUUCAAAAACAGAGUACAGUGGAAGGGUGUUGGUGCUUCAAAGCCAGGAGAAACAGAUGGCGAUGUCUCUGUAAUACAGGAGGAAAUUGAGAACCUUUCCAUGGAAGAGAGGAGAUUAGAUGAUCAAAUAAGAGAAAUGCAGGAAAGGUUGAGGGAUUUGAGUGAGAAUGACAACAAUCAGAAGUACGAUUUUCUUGUCUGCCUUGCACUGUGAUCAUUGGAAAAGCAGCCUUACUAAAUGUGGAUGUGUAGAAUUGGUGCAUCGUGAUGAUAAUCAUUGUAUCAAUCUUGUUGUUUGCACAAAAUAGGUUCAUUGUAUAUUUGAGGUUGUGACUAAUCGCAUCUAUAAAUAAUCAUAUGAUUUUAGGAAUUCAGUUAUUUUUCUACUUCUAUUGCUUCCUUCAUAUUUUUUCACUUUUUUUGUUGAAAUUGAUCUCUAACUUAUUUACAGUUGAGAUUUUCGUGUUUUGGUUUUGCUAA